AAGGGAAGACAAACCGAAACACGAAAACCAAAAAAAAAUCCCUUCUCAUAUUGGAUAGUGUUGACUUUUUGUCGUGUUAACCAAACAAGCAGCAAUUUUGCCCAAAUCUUCUUAAAGCCUGAAUUAUGUCUCCUCCAACUGUUCCUCCGAUGGGGGUAGAUGGCGUGUCCGCAUACCUGAUGAAGAAAAGGCACACCCACAGGAAGCAACGGCGUAAGCCCACUUUCCUCACUCGCAGGAACAUCGUUGGCUGCCGCAUUCAGCACGGCUGGAAGGAAGGCAACGAGCCUGUGGAGCAAUGGAAGGGCACUGUACUUGAGCAGGUUUCGGUAAAGCCCACUCUCUACAUCAUUAAAUAUGAUGGCAAGGAUAGUGUGUAUGGAUUAGAACUGCAUCGAGAUAAGAGAGUUUUAGCGCUGGAGAUUCUUCCAGAGAGAGUACCAACUCCUCGCAUCGAUUCUCGCCUGGCAGAUUCUCUGAUUGGGAAGGCAGUGGGGCAUGUGUUUGAAGGCGAGCAUGGCACGAAAGAUGAGUGGAGGGGUAUGGUCCUGGCGAGAGCCCCCGUGAUGGAUACUUGGUUUUACAUAACCUAUGAAAAAGAUCCGGUCCUCUAUAUGUACACUCUUUUGGAUGAUUACAAAGAUGGAGACCUACGCAUCAUUCCAGAUUCCAACUAUUAUUUCCCCACCGCAGAAAGGGAGCCUGGGGAGGUGGUCGACAGCCUCGUGGGCAAGCAAGUGGAGCACGCCAAAGAUGAUGGAUCCAAGAGAACCGGCAUUUUCAUCCAUCAAGUGGUGGCUAAGCCGUCUGUUUAUUUCAUUAAAUUUGAUGAUGAUAUUCACAUCUACGUUUACGGUUUGGUGAAAACUCCCUAA